AUGCAGCUAACUAAAGAACAUAUUUCAGACAAUUCAGUAAAAGAACUUGAUUCGAACAUUGAUUUAGUAUUAGCUACUUCUAGUCAUGAUUUCCAUCUUCAUUCUAAUGACAUAGGUGAUUAUAUUGGAAAAAAUAUUGACAUUUAUACGAAGCAUGAACUCCUAGUGAAUCAUUGGGUAUCACCAACAAAUUACAUAUUUCUUUUCUCUGAGCAUAAUAAAAACGGUAAAUUAAUACGUCGAUUUCUUGGAAUGUAAAAAAUAAAAUAAAAUCCGGAAAGACUUAUUCCAAUUAUAGAAAGUAUUAUAUUUUUGGGAAGACAAAACAUCCCCUUUUGA